AUGUCUGACUUUAAUAACGAUUUGGAGCAAUACAAGGAGCAGACCAAACGUGAUGGCGAGAACCUAGUUCGUAACGUUUUUCCUAAACGCGUUUUUGAAAUGCAAGAACUUCUGAAUUCCGCGUUAUUCAAUAUGGAUCGUUCUAAUGUCUUCCAAGUCGUCAACCUCCCCGUACCUCUUGCAACUGAACAAAACGGCUUUGAUAAUAAUUCGAAUAACAAGCCAUCCUUUGGUACUCCUGUCUUCACCUUCCCAGGUGGCAAAAUAUCACAUAACGUUCACAUCAAGAAAAUGAUCGAGACCGCCAAGCCUUAUUUGACCCAAUUGAUGAGGGAAGCUCAGAUCGUUCGGAUGUGGAUUCAAUUCAACGUUCCACGAAUCGAAGAUGGCAACAACUUUGGAGUGGGUAUUCAGGAGGAUGUUCUUGCCGAGGUCUCCGGAAUUGAACGCGACGCUCUAACAUUCCUUGAUCAAUUCACGAGGUACUACGCUUCCCGAGGGAAGCUGGUAGCCAAGGCUGCCAAAUAUCCCCACAUCGAUGACUACAGGGAGUGCGUCCGUGAUAUGGACGAGAAACAGGCCAUCUCCAUGCGCUACGUCAUCAUGGAAAUUCGCAACCACUAUUCGGUAUUGCACGAUUUGAUUGACAAGAAUAUGGAUCGCAUCAAGGUGCCGAGAUCGAACAACACAAUGAGCAUGUAUUAG